AAUCCCUUUCCCUUUUCCUCUUCCUUCCUCCUUGCCUUCGUCCCGACUGCAAUCUUCCCUUCUCCCGGGCAGAGAAAAGCAAAAGGAAAAAAGGCGAGGGGAACCGCGCGCACCGGAUCCGCGGCAGCCAGCACCGGCAUCCUCGCCGUCGCCUCUUCCCGCCGAUCGGCAUGGCUGACGGGGACUCGGCGGCGGCCUACGCGUCGCCGCGCUCGCCGCUGCCCCCGGAGACGCCGUCCACGCAGAAGCGGCGGCAGCGCGGCCUCGUCUCGCGGGUCUGGAAGGGCAUCUUCGGCCGCCGCGAGGACGUCGAGAAGCUGCUGCAAGCGCUCUCCAAGGAGGAGGAGGCCCUCCGCUCCCGCGUCCACCGUCGCGCCCGCGCCUCCCGCGCCUCCGCCCACAACGUCCUCGCCCUCGCCUCCGCCCUCGAGAUCGCGGCUGUUGGAUAUGCGAUUAUGACUACCAGAUCCCCAGACAUCCCCUGGCAGAUGAGGGCAGCCCGGGUGCUGCCCAUGUUCUUGGUUCCUGCUUUAGCUGCUCUCAUCUACUCAGCUAUUACAAGCAUUGCGAAAUUCCUUGAUAAUAGAGAUCAACAUACUCUUGAAAAGCUUCGUGCUGAAAGGCAGGCCAAGAUUGAUGAGUUGAAAGAAAGAACAAACUACUACACUACCCAGCAACUUAUACAGAGAUAUGAUCUUGACCCUGCUGCAAAGGCAGCUGCAGCAAGUGUUUUGGCAUCUAAGCUGGGUGCGGAUUCUGGAUUGAGAGUCUUUUUGGGAGAUGAGUCGAACGUGGAUGGAAGUAAAAGUAAUGAUCAGCACGGACAGACUUCUGGUCUGAGGCAAAGAAAACCGGCCCACUCAGGCCAUGGCUCUGGACCGACCCAUCCCUCUGAGCCAUCAGACGGCUCGAGUAUAUAUGACGGUAACGAAAGCCCCACUGCAAAUCGGACUGUUGAGCACUUCAGAGGCCAUGCUGGCAAUGAUGGCGGAUGGCUCGCACGAGUGGCCGCUCUGCUUGUAGGGGAGGAUCCAACACAAUGCUUUGCGCUGAUAUGUGGCAACUGCCAUAUGCAUAAUGGUCUUGCAAGGAAAGAGGACUUUGCGUUCGUUACGUACUACUGUCCUCACUGCAAUGCUCUCAACGGACCGCGGCAACACGAGGACGGUGAAAGCGUCCAAGCCGGCGCCAGCCUUGCGGACUCAGGCGUCAGCAGUCCUGUUGGGAGGAGCUUGCCGACCGUCGAAGAACAGCCUGCAGAAAGUCCUGCUGCCAGUAACUCAACGGUCACCGAAAAACCUCAGGCGGAGAGUUCUGCUGCUACAAAUAGCUCAUCACCAACUGUGGAGAAGGCAGGCAGCGAUCAGCCUGCCGGAUGAACUUUCUCAUUUCUUUUGAAAGAAAUGUGUUCCCCAAUUCUUGCUUAGUUGCAUUGUGAGAUGGCGUACCGGAGCUUUUGAUGCCGGAUUCUUGUGCCUGCCACCACCUAUGCAUAUAGAUGCGGAUUAUUCGGUGUGUUGUGCUUGGAAUGGAUUGUUCCACUUGGUGCUUCUAGGGUACUAGCGUGAUGGAUGCCCAUUUGACGGCAUCUUGUCCAGCUGCUUGAGUGAUGGGUCGCUUUGCUUCUCUCUUGAGUGUAUAGUUUUCUUUCUCUUUUGAAAAGUUGAGUUCUACGCCUUUUUGUAAUAUUAUCAGUCAUGCGAUGUGUAGUAUCAGUUUCUCUUUAUGUAAAUGCUGGAUCUGGAAUAUGUUUCUUUUUUACCUGGAUGGGUAUGGAAUA